AUGCCAAAAGCACAAUUAUAUCACCUUCCUUUGGGUUUUAGUACUUUAUAUAAGCCAGAUCCACUUCGUUACUGUAAUUUAUCUAACUGUUUUAAUUUUUCACCUAUUAAUAUAGAUCUAAUUAAAAUUUUAUCUUGCGGCCAUACUUAUCAUACAUCUUGCUAUAACAAUAACAGGUUAAAAUACUUACAUUACCUAUUAUUCCUACAAAAUAGUAUCAAUGAACAUGUCAAAUCCUUAUUGAAACAUUUGCAACGUUUCAAUAAACAAGAAGUACAAGUCAAUAAGUCAGAAAAUGACAUUCCUUGUGAUAACAAUGAUGAAACUGAACUAAUAAAUUAUAUAGCAUAUGCAUUAGAACAGGCAUUGCAAGAAUUUCAAUUACAAUAA